ACUCAUUUUCUUUCAAUUUUAAACAAACGCGUUAAACACCAUCAGAGAAGAAUUUUAGGUCUAUGUUUACGAUGUUAUAUAGAUACUAGUAAUAUUCUUGUUUAUGUCGGCACAGCAGGUUUUAACCUAUUGGUGAGCGGCGUAACAGUCUGAAUGUGAAUUUACAAGUGUUUGUGCUAUAUCAGAAUACAAUUGUUUUUCCUAAAGCUGCAUCGUUUUAAAGUUGUUUUAUCUUAAUCUUAAAAAUUACUGCCUGGAAGAUGGCAUCGGAAACGACGACGGAGCCGGUUUUUAAUCCUGGGACCUUGGGGUUAUCAGAGUCCGUAGUCCCCGCUAGCAUGUUUGCUCCAGGCCGGGGAUACGGCGAUGAUGACGGGGCAGAGUGCUUCGAGGACGAGGAGAUGUUCAACGGGGAGACCUUGGAUCACGGCAUAGACUUCUGCAGCAAGUUGGCCUUGGUCAGUCCCAAUGGGGAACAGUAUGACUUGUUACUACGGCAACUGCGUGAGAGGAUGGACGAGGGCUGUGGGGAGACCAUCUAUGUUGUGGGAGUGGGUUCAGAUGGAGGAGACUAUGGUCUGAAUGACAAUGAUAUGCAGGCGUCUGUUGCAACAGUGAGGUCCAUGUGUGAGCAGAUAGAGGCAGAUCUCAUCCUUUUGAGGGAGCGUAUUGAGGCUGGUGGCCAGGUCAGAGAUUAUCUUAUUCGCCGCAGAGUGGGAGAGGCCGACUUCCUGGAGGUUAGGGUGGCUGUAGUGGGGAAUGUGGAUGCAGGUAAGAGUACGCUCCUGGGUGUGCUGACUCAUGGAGAGUUGGAUAAUGGCCGUGGCUUUGCAAGACAGAAGCUCUUUAGACACAAGCAUGAAAUGGAGAGUGGACGUACCAGCAGCGUAGGCAAUGACAUCCUGGGAUUUGAUCAAGAGGGCCAGGUGGUAAACAAACCCGACAGUCACGGGGGCAGUCUGGACUGGACCAAGAUCUGCGAGAAGUCUUCUAAAGUCAUCACUUUUAUUGACCUUGCUGGCCAUGAGAAAUACUUGAAGACCACAGUGUUUGGAAUGACUGGUCAUCUGCCUGAUUUCUGUAUGCUUAUGAUUGGAAGUAAUGCAGGAAUUGUUGGUAUGACCAAAGAGCACCUCGGCUUGGCAUUAGCCCUCAAUGUUCCUGUCUUUGUGGUGGUUACCAAGAUUGACAUGUGUCCAGCUAAUAUUCUUCAAGAGACCUUGAAGCUCCUGCAGAAGAUCUUAAAGUCUCCAGGCUGCAGAAAGAUUCCUGUGCUAGUUCAGAACAAAGAUGAUGUCAUUGUCACAGCAUCCAACUUUAGUUCGGAGAGAAUAUGUCCCAUCUUCCAGAUCUCUAAUGUCUCAGGAGAGAACAUGGAUCUACUCAAGAUGUUCCUGAACCUGCUCACGUCCAGAAGCUCUUUUAAAGACCACGAGCCUGCUGAGUUCCAGAUAGAUGACACCUAUUCAGUGCCAGGCGUAGGGACAGUAGUGUCUGGGACCACAUUACGUGGGCUGAUUCUACUGAACGACACCUUGCUUCUCGGACCAGACCCCUUGGGCGCUUUCCUCCCCAUCACUGUCAAGUCCAUUCACCGUAAGAGGAUGCCUGUUAAGGAGGUCCGUGGUGGACAGACAGCCUCCUUUGCUCUGAAAAAAAUAAAACGCUCCUCAAUAAGGAAGGGCAUGGUCAUGGUGUCACCAAGAUUAAACGCACAAGCAUAUUGGGAGUUUGAGGCAGAGAUACUAGUUUUACACCACCCGACGACAAUCUCCCCUAGAUAUCAAGCCAUGGUGCACUGCGGUAGCAUCAGACAGACAGCCACUAUACUGUCUAUGACCAGAGACUGCUUACGCACAGGAGACAAAGCUACUGUACACUUCCGCUUUAUUAAAACUCCAGAGUACCUGCACAUAGACCAGAGGCUAGUCUUCAGAGAGGGGAGGACUAAGGCUGUGGGCACCAUCACCAAGUUGCUCCUAUCAACAAAUAAUCAACCGUCAAACUCCAAACCUCCACAUAUCAAGAUGCAGUCAACAAAAAAAGCCCCUGCAAGGAGAGAAGAUGGUGUGGCACCAAUCAAUGAGGAGACCACAACCACAGGAGCACCAGGAACUCUGCACAAUGCACCACAACAAACAGAGAUGGAGGAAGACCCUCAAAAUAAUGUGGGCAACAAAGAGAUCAAGCCAAAGUCUGGAGGCAGAAGACGAGGGGGUCAGCGGCAUAAAGGAAAACCUCAAGGCAACGCCACAGUAGCCCUUGCUGGUGCAGUAGGAGGCUGCUAAACUCAUCUCUUCAAGAAUUCAAUACAGCUGAACAGUCCAGUAUGCCCUACAUGUUUCACUCUUUUACCUGCCCAUAUGGACCAUCUCACCUCCAUGAUAAGAGAAAGGAGUUCACAGAGCCAACAUGCACAUUGUUUUGUGAAUUUUAACUUAUUAAGAUGCGUGUUCUUAAGACUGUAUAUACCGUAGAUAUUGAGAAAAUAGGACCGACAUACUGCAUGGUGGUUCUGUUUUGGCUGUAAAGGUCACCUUAAAGUUUCUAACUUGCUAAAUGACUCUUAUCACAUUUUAAGAUAAUCUAGUUGGAAAUUAGGUAGAGCUUGGGCUGAACUCUUAAGUAGCUAACUGUUUUAAGGGGACUAUUAACAAGUCUCAUCAUGCAUCUGUGUUUCAUUCAAAUCAACAUUCCAGUGUUAACCUUGACAAUAAGAACUGAAGAGUUCCUGAUAUUUUCAGUAGGUGUAAUGGCCUGGAUUCAUUUGGGGCUUUUCGGCACUGUGACUGCAAAGUUUGUUGGCAGCUACUUUUGUUUGAUAUGAAAUUGGAAAUAGAAAAUACGUAAUAUUGCUAAUUACCUCAUAUAUUAGUCUAUUUGGCAGUGCUCCAAAAUCCUUUCUGGUUGAGAAAAUCAUCCUGACACUUUGCGCCCCUGUUUAGCAUUACAAAUUGUAGAUCUUUGAUAUUUGAAAGUUAAAAGAAAAGUGAAAAUGUCCUGUUUGAUUACUCUUAUGGAAUCUUAACAAAACAGAGUGCCAGUAGUUACGUUUUGUUCAUUAAUAUGGAGGGAUGUUGGGCUACAUGCUAAAUUUUAUGAACAAAGUUCUUUAUUUUCUGGCAGUCAUCCAUAUCAUAAUAUAAAUUUGUUUAAAAUUGGUUUAAUAUUAGCUGAGCUUUAGUAAUCACACCCUUUAAGACCAUUCUCUCAGUUUACAUGUUGUGAAACUCAUUUUCCACAACUAAUAUAAAAAUAAACUGAUUUUG